CACAUAUGUGAACGAUCACAAAUAGAAUUGUUUUAAGUAAAGUCAAUACUUAUGUUGUUCUUCAAUUACCUAUGCUUUAGAGCGUAUAAUCUGCACUUUGCUUUAGUGACUAUAGUCAAAACCUUGCAGCUGAAAAUAUCAUUCAUUUAUACGCUUUAGUGGUGAUUACAGACGUCAAAUAUAUCUCGUUUGGGCGAAAAAUACAAGUAACUUGAUACUCUGUGCAGUCCGUACUUGUAUUUUGUUCUGUAUUUUAUUCAUAUGUUGCGUUGUUUAUCUCUCACCCUGUGUUUUGUGUUUUGGUGAGGAAAAUGUAAAGCAGAUAGGAUAUAUAAAAAAUGGCUUCGCCACCUAAAAAAUUAAAGAUUGAGGAAAAUGGAUUUCGUUUGAGUAAACUUUUAAUCAAUAAAGGAACCCAAGCCUUAAAAACAACAUUGCAAUUCAUUAUAAACCUUCAAUCAUCAAACUUAAAAGACAAACUUAAUGAUCCUUUUAACAGAAAGAAAUUGGAAUCAUUAAAAAAGAAAAAAGUAGUGAACAAAGAGCAAUGGAACCUUCUUUACCCUUCAAAUGAUACACCCAAAAUUAGCAACUUUGAUAUUUCAUUAUUGACUGUCUUGUUGCGUAACAUUUGUGGUCUAACAGCGCCACAUAGUGGAUGGGAUAAUCUUCCUUCCUCAUCAGAUACUUCAGUCUCAGCAAAUAUUGCAAGAAUAAAGUUUUAUCGAAACAAAGUGUACGGUCACAUAACUACAACUAGUGUAGAUGAUAGUGAGUUUGAGUACUUGUGGCAGGAAAUUUCAAAAGCAUUGGUUGGUCUGGUUAUUCAACAAACUGAAUUAGAUGAAUUAAAGAAAGCUCCCCUCGCUACCGAUGAGGCAAAUUAUAUUGAAAUGUUAAAAGAAUGGCAUAAAACAGAGGAGCAGCUACUCGAUGUCACUGAAGAAAUCAAAGAAGAUGUGAAAGUAAUAAAAAGAAAUGUUGUAGAGAUGAAACAAGAGAUGGCAACCAAAGUUACGGACUUAAAUGAGGAUGUAAAGAAAACAAAAGCUGAUGUGGCAGGAGUAAAAAAAAUGUUACAGGAGAAAACAUAUUCAGAUGUCGAAAAGCUUGGAAAGUGUAAUUUCAACGGUCUUAAAAAAGAUCUUAACAAGAAAUACCUUGAAGGCACUAGACAAUGGUUAUUUAAAGAACUCGACACUUGGUUUAACGAUAGAAGGGAAAAUGCUUCUAAUGUCAUGAUUUUGAUUGCCGGUCCUGGUGUUGGUAAAAGUGUGUUUGCUGCUGAGGUGUGUCGACGAUAUUCUGAAAAGAAGAAACUUGCUGCUUCUCAUUUCUGCAGGUAUAAUAGAUCAGAUGAGAGGAAUCCUCGAAUGUUGAUAGAAUCAUUGGCUAGUAGCAUGUGUGAUACAAUAUUACAUUUCAAAUGUAAACUGAUUGAAGAAUUACAGAGAAACCAUUCCUACAAAUCAGUCGCCGAUGUAUUCCGUGUUUUAUUAAAUAAUCCAUUGCAUUCAUUGGAAGAUCAUGAGCCAAUGCUUUUGGUUAUUGAUGCCUUAGAUGAAAGCCAAGUUGCUGGCAAAAGUGAAUUGUUGAAAUUGAUAGCAAAAGAGUUUGACCGACUGCCUAAAUGGAUUAAAAUCUUUAUCACCAGUCGUCCAGAACUUCCUAUUCAAAAGGAGUUGAAAGACAUGAAUCCUGUGAAAAUUACAACUCAUCCUCGCGAAGAAAACAACGAAGAAGACCUGCACAGGUAUUUGAGACAUCAGUUGAAUGAUCGGGUGCAGGAAGAUCGCUACGUUCUGUUGUCAUUAGUUAAAAAAUGUGAGGGAUCAUUUCUUUAUGCGUAUAACGCACAACUAAGCUUGAAUAAAGAAAAUAUUGAGCUUACUUACGAAAACAUUCAACAAUUGGUCCCUAGUGGGUUAAGCGGUGUUUACACAAAGCAAUUCAAAAGAGUAAAAGAAUUGUUAACAAAGAAAAGUCGCAGAAAUUCUGUUAUCUCAGAACCUACUUUCAUGCAAUUUCUUGAAUUGUUGGCUGCCUGUCGGGGUUUUUUACCAUUAACUUUACUGCUUAGCUAUUUAGGUUUUUCUGGUGACAUCAAGUUUGAAAUCCGCAGUAAAAUCAUUGAACUGUUAUCUCAAAUUUUGCCAGUUUACGAUGAUUGUUUAACCGUGUAUCACAAGUCUCUCAUUGAUUGGUUAAAAUCAGAUGGUUAUGAAGAGCAUGAGUUUACAGUUAAUCCAAAAAAUGGACAUAAGUUUUUAUGGCAUGCUUGUGAAAAAGUGUUUAAACACAUCAAGUCGAUGAACAUUUUUGAAGAUCAGAUGAACACUGCGAUGAUUAAAUAUGCUUUGAAGAAUGGAAUCUAUCAAAUGUCAGAAUGUGGCGAAAAUGUUGACUUUAGCUGGGCAGUAGAUGUCAAAGUGUUUUUUGCGAGGUUAAUGUGUGUGAAAGACAUUGACAUGUAUACCAUUAGGUUUGAAUUGCUUGAAAUCAUUAAGAAACUACAAAAUUUCUUGGGAAAAGAUGUACUUGAGGAACAACUAUUUCAUUUGUUAAGGGAGGUAACGAUAAUGAGAUAUAAGUCAUUUAAGACUGAUAAAAGCUUAAUUUUUUUACAAAGUAUUGCAAACAGAAUUGAUGGCAGUAACGAAAAAUGCUUAUUAGCUAAGGAUUUGUUGAAACAAGGAAACUUUUCUUGGUUUGAGGAUUUAGACUCAACAUAUCUAACAAACCAUCAUCAUUUGACUGUCUCCUUGCGUGCUAACGUUACAUCUCUUUGUGUGUCGUCCAAUGAAGAACUUCUUGCUGUAGGAUAUGAAAAUGGUCAAAUAUCUAUUUUUAAACUUCCAGAAUUUACAGAAAGAUGCAUUCUCGGCACUGCACUUGAUGAUUCAUCGUUGGAUAAGUGGUAUAAUGUUAACUUAGUUAUGUCCCUGUAUGACAUCUACGACUAUUCAACAUUAAAGGAAUCUUAUUUUGUACAAGGAAACAUCAGUUGUUGCUCCUUUUCACCUACCGGAAAUAGACUGGUAACUAGUGAUAGAUCUACUGAAGUAAAGUUGUGGGACGUUAACAAUGGACGUUUGUUAUUAUGUUUACAGUCAGAUGAUGUCGUUAAUCGUUGCUCUUUCUUAGAUUCUGGUAUGUUCAUUACAGCAGAAUAUGUAGAAAAUGAGAACGACGAUGAUCUUGUCAUAGACGAAGUGUUCACAGCGUGGAAUUCAUUAACUUUGCAAAGAAUCGAUCGACGAUGCGCUGUUGAAUACCAAAAACUACAAUGUACCGAUAAAUAUUCCGAGUUCGUUGUUGCAGACUUCGUCAAGACUUCGUAUGUUUUUCAAUUUCCAAAGGCAAUCGAUAUUUUUUCAACUAAAAAGAAAAAUCCACUACGUUUACAUUCAAUGAUAACACACCAUUAUCGUGAUUGUAUUUUUUAUCGUACAAACCAGAUUGUAAAGCUUUCUGAAAUCACUCAGUUCACAAAAUACAACGAUAAAGGAGAAAUCGAGUUUUGUUUACCAAAUGUUGUGUGUCCAUGUGUUCGUAGGUUUCUUGAUAAGGUCUAUCCCAUCUCGUUUAAGGAAUUAUACGUAGUGCCGUAUUUUUCAAAGCUUAAAAUUUUCAAAACUGAUCAUCUUUGGAGACCUUCAUUUAUCUUUGAGAAAUUUGAAAUUAAAUGUUGUUGUUUUUCACCGGAUGGAUCUUUUUUUGCUGCUUUCGCUGUUGGUGACCACGUCAACAUUCAUAUUUGGAGCAUUGAACGUUGCACUAUUAUUCAAACUGUACCAAUGCAACUGAAGAAUGCAUUAGGAUGUUGGUGGUCAGUUGGUUUACUGUGGAUAUGGGAUGGUUCUGAUCAUCUUACGAAGAUAUCCACUUCGUCUAAAAAUUUUGUAGAUUCUACUCAAGCAAAGCAGGUAAACAUUGGAUUUAAACUUAAAGAAAUUUUAACAUUUGGUGAUGUCUUAGUUUGUAUUGACAAACUAGAUUUUGUUAAAGUUGUUAGAAUUACCAAGGGUGAGAUACAAUACAACAAAAGACUUCCUGUCGAUAGUUUUCAAAUUAAAGCAGCAGCUGUAUCACCUGAUAAUUCUGUUAUUUUAACUGUAAACUUUACAGAAUACACAUUAUGGAAAUGGAGAAAUAACAAAAAUAAACUUUACUUGAAAACUUGGUAUACUGCAGAAAUACCCAAGACAGCUGUCAUUAAAGAAUUUGUUCAAGAACAGAUAACUGUAAAUGAUCUAGAGUUCAACUGUUGUAUAUGUGAUAGUAAACAAGCAGUCGUUACAGUUAAGAUUUUGGAUCGAUUUCUGAGCUUUUUUAUAAUUAAUAUGAAUGAAAACGAUGAUGUGAAUGUGACUUUGUGUAAAGUCAAGGAUCUUUUAUAUGGUGAAGACGUAAUUGUACAUAAAUCGUAUUGCAUUGGUAAAUCGUUUAGUGACGAAUUGGCUGCUGUAGAUUUGAAGAGUGGUGAAAUAUGUGCUGAAUUUUACGGAUUAAAUUCUGAAUUUAAUAUAUCUAUGCAUUCCAACACAGAUACUUUAGCUGUUGUAACAAAUGUUGGAUGCGGAAUCAAAUUUUUUAAACUCAAUGUUCCUGAAUGAAUCCACUAACUCAACCUUUUUUUAGUUAUAUUAACCUAUUGUAUUUACUAACAUUACAUAUCACUUAAAACGAACAUAAAAAGUUCUUUAUAUCACAAAAGGACAGUUAUUUAUGGUAUCAAGAACGAACUCAAAAAUAUAAGAAAAAAUUGUCUAUAUCCUUUGUUUUAACCGUAGAAAAACUGUCAGUUUGUAAUUAUGUAAAAAUAUCACGGACGGAGAAAGAGAUUAUUUUUUUUGUAAUGUCAAGUAAGGAUCUUUUUUAUCCUAUGAUUCCCGUCAACUUUCAAAUUUAUAUUUGGAGAAUUCAACACUGUAACAUUGUCAAAGUUGUGAUGAAAUUGAGAAUAUCACACGAAGAUGUUGAUUGU